CGAAGUGUCAUCUCGAAAGCCGGCGCCUUGGCGAAAUCGAAGCAAGUUUACCGCGUUUUAGCCGCCUUAUUGUUUUUCCGCUGGCACGAGAACCGUAAACCAAAGCAAAAUGGAUGGUGUGAUCGAGGACAUGUGGACGCCGUACAAGCAUCUCUAUAGUGUUUUCCAGUCGGCGGUGUCCAAUCCCGAUGGCGUCACCUCCGAUCUGGAGCUCUGUCUCAAGAAGUACAAGCACAGCUUCACCAACUUCCUGCGCAAUCCGGCCAAAAGUGAAAAGAGCCGGAGUCACCUGAGGAAUGCACUAAACGAGGGCGUCCCACUGCCAGGACAGUCGAGGAAGGUCAAGCUCUCACAGGAUCUGGUAGAUGAGGCCAUUAUCCUCUCCGAUAUGUUCGAUCUGGAUGAGGUUUUCGCCGUUGAAUUACUCUGCACCGCCCAAAGGCAACAGCUCCAUCAUCCUGGCUUGCCCAGAGGACUGGUGGCGGUGCUCCUUUACUACGAUGGACGCAAAGCCAUCAGUUGUGCCCUGCGCGACAUGUUCCAAGCGGUCAGCGGCGUCUCCUGGAGCACGGAGUUGCCCAGGGAAGUCACCUCCCUGGUCACCAAUUAUGCACAGAGUUUAGUGGAGGACUCGAAUAUUUUGGGUCGUCUGCUGGAGCUUCUCGAGGAGAUGGAUGUGGACAAAGAGAGCAUACUGCUUACGAAAAACCGCGCAUUUGGCUCCAAGAAGCAUCAGAACCAGGUGCUCGGCUUGUACGAGGACAUCCAAAAGGCUCUCGCGAUGGCCUUGUUCCAUUGGUCGGCGCAACGCGGAUUGCCGCGACCCAUUGCCAUUCGAUUGCUGCAGCAGUUGGCCAGCCGGAAAACCAACGAUGCGGAUGGCAACAUCGAUGAUGUUACCUUAAUCAUGUUGAUGGCACUUCUAUACGCCUACGACACCUCCGUUUUGCUGGUUCCCGAGUACAGUAAUCCGCACACAGCCCGCCUGCCGAUCCUCAGCGAUCCGGAGUUCGCCAAGAGUUUCCUGGAGGGUCUCUACGCGCAGAGUAGCUGGCAAGAGCCGCGACUCGAUGCGAUUAUUACCUAUAGUUUUGGCCUAACGCUGGCCAGUUUGCGCCAUGCACCGGCGCAAUUGCAGGCGGCGGCUCUUUCGGCCAUCAAUCGCGAUGAAAUACUGAUUGAUGAGGCGUUGGGUGCCCAGGUAUUUGGAUUCUUCUAUCGCCUGCUGCUCGAAAAGGAUCUGGUUUACAGCACCGAAUUCAUUUACCGCCGAGUGCAUUUGCUCAUCACCGACUUCAUAGACUUUAUGCACGCCAAGGUUUCGGAGCUGCGUGGACGAGCGGAUGAAUCAGCGCGCACGAUCAUUAGUUUCCUGAACGAAGGCCUCGAACCUCCGCCGAAUCUGGAUUCAAACUUUGAGCAACUCAUGCUGUGCGUGGCCAAACUUUAUGGAGAUCCUCGUGUAACAAUCAAGCUGUGCAACGAAUACUGGGGACCCAGUGAUCCAUCUGGCGGCUCAUUUGGCGUUGCAUUGCCCAACGCAUUCAAGAAUACCUCGCGUUCGGUUUCGCUGUUCAAGUUUAUCAGUUUGGCCAGCGAAUUGCUGCCGCAAACGCUGUUUAAGUCCUAUGUAAAGAUGAUUGCGGGCCUCACGCGCACGGAGUUCUCAGCGCGCUGUGCCUUUAAUAUGCUGAAACUAUCGCAGGUUACGACUGGCACUUAUGCAGUCAGUUGGGAUCACUUCUUCCACACGCUGGCUAAUUAUUACAAUUUAAUGCGCAACGAUUUCAAUACGAGCAUCAGCAGCGGUGGCGAAAUGAUCUACCGCAAUCGUUCGACCCCGAGGAACAUAACGCAACGCGAAUCGGAGCAUCUGGUGGCCGUGAUGCAGCUGAUCCAAGCUGUCGCAGAGCACGACGAGAUUUCGCGCAUUAUGAUUUGCGAACAAGCCAACUGGCAGCCACCGCAAGUUCUGCUCGGUUUGGUGGCCUGUUCCACGCCGUUGCCACUGAAAGCGGAGAUCCUCUUCACGCUGGCCGCCCUGGCGAAGUCCAAGGAGACAUCGCGUGCGAUAUGGUCGCAUCUGGAGGACUCGCAGAUCAUUCCCACCAUUCCCGUCUCGAGGAACUUUGCCCAGUGCAGUUUGGCGGAGGAAAUCGAGCAGAACGAGUGCCGCUUGGAGCAGUACAAGCUAACGAGGGGUAUCCUCCAGCUGCUUUAUACUCUCAUGACCGAGAACAUGCCCAAGAAUCUGGGCGUUGGACCGAGGAGACCUGGCUACGAUGCCUAUCUGAACUUUGUACUCGAAUCCGUGCUGCUGAAGUUCUACAAUCGCGCGUACAAAGAUCCCGCUGAAAAGUGGCAAGUGGGCUCGCAGUGCCUCAAGUUGCUCUACUAUCUGCUGGCCACCUAUCGUCCCCGGGUGUCCGACUUCCAGGAGUCGCGGCACGAGCAUCCGUAUCCGGGUUACCACGUCAUGAUGCAGCUGCAGGUGAAGUCGGAUGUGCUGCACUUGUUGCUGCGGAUUGUGGAGGAGGCGCGCGAGCGUUUGGACGACUACAAUCGUUUCCAUGGCAAGGAGCUGCUCGAGGAGUGCUCACUGUACGCCCUACUCUUGCUGGAAGCGGCUCUUGCCAAGCAGAAUGUCUUCUUCGAAACCCAUUCGGCUGCCAAUUGCCCCAUAAUGUUGUCCGGCUUGAAUCGCAUGCUGUUGGAUUUGAAUCCGCGCACCAGGAAACCCGAUCACGUCUUGAAUAUCGUCAAGUUUGUCACGUACAACAGUUGGUUGCCUCGCCACUCGCUGGCCGCCGUGAAGAUCCUGAGUGCGGUGACCCAACUGCCGAACGUCUCCGCCCAAAUACUCAGCAUGUAUGCACAGGGCAGCAACGAGAAGCUGGAGAUUCGCCAGGGAUUCGUGGAGUGCCUGGAGAUGGAUGUGGGUGUGGUUGUGAAGCACAGCGAUGAGUUGCUCGACCAGCUGUCCCUCAACGAUCACGUGCCCUUCUUGGGCUUCGGCGAGGAUGGCGGCGACAAGGAGAGGGAAAGGAAUCGCGAGCAGAGGGAGGAUUCCGGCGUGGUCACCCAGGUGGAGGUGAAUCUGGAGGAGGGCGCACUGGAGCGCAAGCCGGCGCGCAUCGAACUGCAGCUCAAGGAGGCCAUUGUCCAGCUAUUCGAGAUGAAUCUCAGCCAGCAGCUGCCCAAUUUCGUCUACUUUCUGCUCGGCGUGGAUGUGCUCCGGGAUUUUAUGGCCAACGAGAAGCAGCAUUUGGGCAUCGAAAGGCAUUGUUCGUGUGUGAAUUCCCUGGUCUUGCUAUUGGAAAAGUAUUUGGAGCAACAGCGGCACAGUGACGAAUACUGCGAUCACACUUCAAAUAUUGUGGAGCGGAUCUACCAUUUGUUCCAUGGAUUGUGCGCCAACCGAAGAACCACGGAGACAAUCCUUCGCUACUUCCGUUUGACUUGCAAUGACUUCCUACUGAGGCACUUGAACUCCUUGCCUUUUCGGCAGCAUCGCCAGGAUCAUGUGCUGCACGCGAUGAGCCACCUUCUGAAUUGUGUUUCCAUCGAUGUGAAACUGGCGGCAUCGCUGGGCCAAACCACGAGAUACAAUCAGUUGUGCGACAUCCUGCUGAUGAGCAAUGGAUCGGAGGCACAGAGAUCGGCGCUCGGCGGCUUGGCGACGGAACUGGGACACAGUAUGAUCAACCAGUCGGCGCCCUUCUUCACCAUGGAUCUGCAUCCCGGCGGCGGUUCGAAUAGUGGUUCCGUUUCCACGGGAGCCACUGGCAACAAUGGUGCUCUGAAGCAACCUCUGUUGCAGGAAACUUCGCAGGGACUGCACGCCAAUCGAUUGCUGGACUGUCUGGUUCUGGAGGUGGACAUCCUGACGCAACCGCAGCUGGAGUUCUUCGAUGCGCAGCUGACCACGCAACUGCUCAAGGAUUGCGAGUCCUCCACCGAAGCGGGCAGCAAUACCUCGACCAGUUUGAUAAAUGUACGCAAGUUGCAUGAUAUCCUGCACGAUGAAUUGCGGAUGGUGCAGAGCACCAUUGCCAGUGGCCAGCGGAAGGCCAUCUCCACGGAGAUCACGCUCCUGCUCAAAUACGCUGUCAAUUUGAAUCGCGUGAGAACGCAAAGGUGCGCCACCUUGGCCUUCAUGGAGGCCUGGGGUCAGUUGGUCCAGGUGCUCUUCAGCAGCAUGCCGGAGGCCGUUCUCCCGACCGCCCUGCGUCGCCAGCACAUCGUGGAUAUCAUCGAGAAGAUCCUCAUCAAGGUGCAGCCCAUUCAGCCCAUCAUCGAGAUCUCCAUCCAGGUGAGCGAAACGGUGCUGCUUCUGCUGGCCAAUCUGCGCUACUGCUGCUACCAAGUGGAGGACCAGCGGGUGGAGGAUCAGAGCAGCGAUGACUCCCUAACGAACGGCAAUGGCGAUUCCCAGGCAAACAAACUGAGUUUGGGGCAGAAGAAAGUGGCUUCGGCGGAGAAUGGAAAUGGCAAUCUUAGUGGCGUUCGAGGGGAAAUCGGUGGUGGUGCCAACAGCAGCAACCUGCGCUUCAUCCUCAAGAGCCUCGUCGAGUGGAUCAUGAUCAGCGAGGUCAAGUCGCAGAAGUUGCGCAUUAAUCUGUACAGUGCUCUGCUGAAUUGUUUGCGGAUUGCGAAGAGACUGCGGACGGAUGAGCAGCUGGAGUACCAGGAAACAGUGAUUUCCCGCCAGGAUAACUCCCGAAUGAGCAGCAUUGAGCUGCGCAGCGAUGACCGCCAGCGGCUGAGGGAAAUGGCGGCGGAUGUGAUUGGAACCUUCGGCGAGAAGCUGAUCGAUACCAUUUGCCAUGACGCAGUCACCGGUCACGAUGUGUGUCGCAUGCUGGCGCUGGCCUGCUUGGACAUGAUCUCCGAACUGCAGGCGGUGAGCACUCUGAGCCACUUUGUGGCCACUCGGGGCUACCUCAAGCUGAUGCUGGACAGUCUGGAGAAGUCGAGCGAGGAUCUGUGCGGGAUUCUGCAGCCGGUUCCCGAUCAUCUGCGUUCCCUCUACGUCUACGAAUCGCGAAUGGCGUUCCUCACUCGUCUGGCGAACACAAAUGUGGGUGCCCAGCUGCUCCUCGCCGAACGGGCACUUGGAGUGCUCUCGAACAUGAGGGUCUAUGACCUGCAACCCGAUCUUAAGGCCAGCGAAUUGAGGCGGGAUGAGCCGCAGGCCUUCCUGCCCGCCAUCGAUGAUCGCUUCCGGGCGAUUCUCCUGCCAGCCUUGUCGCUCUGCGAUGCCAUCGUUAACUCCUUGGGAUCGCGGAACAACUCGGCCUCCUUGCAGGUGCUGAACUUCCUGUUCGCCCACAUCGACAUGGUGGAGGCGAUGCUGCGAACGGCGACGCCAUUCAUGGAUUUGGGCCACCUGCAGCAGCUGGCGGUGAUCACCAAUCUGUUUGCGCGGACCACAACGCACGAGGUGACCGCUCUGGAGGACAGCCUCGAUGUGGAGAACGAUCUGGAGCUGCGCAACCGCUUGGGUCGCCUGCAGCAGCUGAUGAUCGUGGUCUUUGGGAGGUUUUCCGUGAGCGAAGCCACCAUUCGCAGGAUGCUGCAGCAGGAUGAGGAUGAACAUGACGAUGACAAUGGUGGUGGUGGCCAGGCGGAGGGUUCCAAGACUCUGAGGGUGAAGUACUUCCUCGACAUCGCCGCCAAUCUGUCGCUCUACUGCCGCAAUGCGGUCACCAGCCAUGCCAAGGACAGCAUGACCUCCAAGUACCUCCUCACCACCAUGAUCAACGAUGUCACGCCACUAACUGGCAAAAUGGACAGCAAGAAGCUGACGGCCAUCAUGCACACCAUCCUCAAUCAGCUGAAGGGUUCCAUUGGCUACUACCUCUCCCAGAAAUCCAUAGCAGACAAUCUUCUGCAGCAGCGCGCCUCCCUGCCGAAUAUCAGCUUUGGUCCAAAUGGCAAGCAGAGCUACAUGGACUUGAGUCAGCGGCACAAAGAGAAGCGCAGCGAACUGAUGCAAGCUGUCUUCAUUGCCGAGCAGAAUCUUUACCUGCUGUGGAUCCAUCUGGACUUCUAUCUGCGCAACGCCGUCGUUUAUGCCAACGAGAAUCGUAAUGCCAUCAACGAGAGCAAUUUGCUGGACAAUGGGAACAAUGCGUCCGUGUUGAAUGCCUCGCAGGACGAGAUCCUGCAGCUGAAGCAGCUGCUCAUCUCCACCUUCAACGAGACCUUCUGCACCCAACUGAUCACCGCUAGCGAGGAUUAUGCGGCCAAGUGCAAGGGCUUCAAUGCCUCGCUUCUGCGGAGGAUCAAGGCACUCGUUCAGUUUGCCCCGGUCACCGCGAAUGGUGACAGUUCCACCUUCGUUUCGUAGGCAGCUGCGUUCCGUCUUAGGUUUUAAAUACAUAUAAUAAAUGUGUUGAUUGUACAUAACAUUA